AUGGCUCCGGAUCGGGCCGGGGUGGGGGGGGGAGGCAAGACGGCGGCCACCGCUCGGCCCCGCGUCUCGGCGGCGAUGGACUUGCCGGUGUUCGGCUGCCGGGAGCCAGUUGCGAAGACGCAGGCGAACGGUCAGUUCUUUCUAUUGGCGAAUGUUCACGUCACUCCGCUGCACCGCCCACGGGCUCGAGCUGACGGGCACGCCCCCCGCCCUCACCCCUGCGUGCCGUGUGCAAAGGAAAAACAGCCGUUAAACGGGCCGCCGGGCGGAGCUAGUGAGAGGGCAAGAAGCGGUACCGGGAUUGGCGGUAGCGAUAUGUUCAAACUAGUAUGGGAUGCCUUGAUUGGCUCAGGGCCGCCGCGGCAGGCCGGGCUCCCUCCUCGCGCUCGGGCGGGUUAUUGUCUGGCGGCUCCUGAGGCGGCUCCAGCGCGGACUCAGGACCGGAGCUCAGGCGGCGGCGGCGGCACCAUGGCUGGUGGUAAGGCGGGAAAGGACAGUGGGAAGGCCAAGGCCAAGGCCGUGUCGCGCUCACAGAGAGCCGGGCUGCAGUUCCCGGUGGGCCGGAUCCACAGACACCUGAAGACUCGCACCACCAGCCACGGGCGAGUGGGUGCCACCGCUGCCGUCUACAGCGCCGCUAUCCUCGAGUACCUCACUGCCGAGGUGCUGGAGCUGGCAGGCAACGCUUCGAAGGAUCUGAAAGUCAAGCGGAUCACUCCCCGUCAUUUGCAGCUGGCGAUCCGUGGCGAUGAAGAGUUGGAUUCCCUGAUCAAAGCCACCAUUGCCGGUGGAGGUGUCAUCCCCCACAUCCACAAGUCUCUGAUCGGAAAGAAGGGACAACAAAAAACGGCGUAGAGAGGGGGGGGAAAAAAAAAUUAAGCGGCCCGCUCCCUCCCGUCGUCGUACUGUACCUGGGACAGAAGAAAUCUUGGGGAUACGUGGAAUUUUUUUUAAGGAAUAGUUCAAAGGAAGAGCAUAGACAAUUGACUGUAGAAGGAGGAAGGACGGGUUUGGGCUUUAGAUUGGGAGUUUGAGGCAAAGUUGUACCUUGUUGGUGUGAGCGAGGGGCUCGGCUGCUCCCCGGGGUUUUAUACAAAAAUGGAACGGAUAAACCAUUUUUUACAAAAAAAAACCAAAACAAAACACCAAA